CUACUGGUAAGUUUAAUUUCAAUAUUUCUUUUGUAUAUUUUAUUGUUUAUAAAACGUCAGAUAUACAUGACAUUUCAGAUCUAAAAUUUAUAACCAUGCUUAUAUACAAAAUGUUAAACUAUGUAACAACUUGUUUUCAAGUAUAACAGUAUUUGUAGUGAAUGGUUUAAAAUGAUAAAAAUAUUAACUAAGUAUAUAACCAUUAACGGCAAAAAGUUAAAGGCCGGUGGGGCGGUGGUCUUUUGCUGUGACAAGCUAUUGACGUUGUAUUUUUUGUUUCCAAAAGGUGGCGAGUUGUCCGAAACAGACGUCAUUUCAUCUCUCAACGUUGAUUCACAAUUGCAAUGUUCACAUGAAUGCCUGACAGAACCUGGCUGUAUUUCAUUCAACUACAGAUCUCAGACCACAGCUGACACAAGCCGGCAAGUGAAUUGUCAGUUGAGUAAUAAAACUCGAGAUGAAAUCAUUACUGAGGAUGGACAAUGGAUGUUUUAUCAAGACCUACAAACUGUAAGUUUUGUCUUGACUUAAUUAAGGUUUCUUUUUCAUUUUAACGGCAUGGCAUGACAUUACAUGUUAAUGAAGAAUCUUAAACAACACAUGAGACACAGAGACACUAUAAUACAUUUCUAACUAACGUGCCUUUGAAAUUAUUUUUGUUAAAAAUUACUGCAAUUCCCCAUCGUAUACUACAUUCCUUUUACCAAACCUUGAAACUUAUCGACUCAAUAAAAAGGUUGGUAUUUUGCAUUCAUUCUCCCCCAUUAUAUCACAAACAUUACAUUAAAUAAUAAUAAUAAUAAUAAUAAACGAUACGAAUUUUCGCAAUCAAGAAAAACAAGACCUGUAAAAAGGCUGUAUAUAAAUAAUUAUAAAUUAUAAAGUGACUGAGACCCCGUUCACACGAUACCGGCGUGGCAUUCUGCCUGCAGAAAAUCAUCACGGUUUCAACUGUUCACACGACACCGGCAGAUUAUAUUCCGCUUUGACAAUAUGCUGCACAAAUCAGUUAAGAUAGACAGAAUAAAAUAUCCAACAACAACAGUUUUGUUAAUUCAUUUUGCAUAACCGUAAUGAAUUCUUACGGUUGGGCGUUCACACGGCACUCUGACGGUAGAAUUUCGUUCCGUUUUCAAACUCUUACGUUUAGCAUAUCGUUUUCAAACUCUUACGGUUAGCGUUACGGUUUCACAUUUUUUCAUACCGGCAUCGUGUGAACGCAACCCCCAAACGUAAGAAUUUCGUACCGUUUUCAAACAAUGCCGGUAUCGUGUGAACGGGGGUCUGAGAUGAUGAAAAUUGACAAAAACUGAUCCACAGACGUCUUUAUGAUGGGACUGCUGCAGGUGUUUUCAAAAUUCUAGUCUUUCUUUUUAAUCUACUGCCGAAUAAAUAAUUGUUUUAAUUAACUAGAUUUUAUUUAAACGGACAAAAUACUGUAUAAAAUAAUCUGACUAAAUUUUAUUUUAAUACAAUUUUUCACAGUAGGAAUUCGACUUUCUUUAUUACUUAUUUAUUGCUGCUGCGUUUGUACCGUUGACACACAGCUGGGAGGGUUGGAAUAAUCAAGUAUCAAAUAAAUAGAGGUUAUUACACGGUGCCAAGAAGACAUGAAUGUUAUUUUCAAGUUGUGAAAAACUAAAAACAAUAUUUUACGAACGAGCGCAGCGAGUGAGUCCUGUCAAAUAUUAUUUUUAACACCAGAAAAUAAUAUUCAUAUCUUCGAGCGAAUGAGUGUUUUUCCGGUAAAACACCCAUGUCCAUAUAAUAAUAAUAUAAUUUACAUCACACGUUGACAGCUGCGUUCGAAUGUCUGUGAGUGAUAUUAUUAGGCCACAUAAAAAAAAUAGUUGGCUAGCGUCCCCGCCCGCCCACAAAAAAGGACCCGCUCAGGAUUUUUUUUUAUUUUUAGUUUAAAAAAAACAACUUUUAUUGAUCAACGGGCUCUAAUAUAUGUAGUAUUUCUGUUGACUGCAGUCAAUUGUGUUAAUAAUUUGCGAAAUUGCGUGCGAAAAUGACGGUAUAAAUCAUAUUUUGAAAUAUAUAAUAUGUAUUUACGUCCCAUUAUACUAUUAUAUAUAAUAUGUAUUUACGUCCCAUUAUAUGUAUUUACGUCCCAAUAUACGUCCCAUCUCAAUCCUGCCGACACUCAGCAAGAUUAUGGAAAAAGUUGUUCAUUCUCAGUUUUACAAAUUCCUCAACGCACAAGAUCUACUCUCCAGUAAACAGUUCGGAUUUCGUCCUAAGUAUUCUACCACUACAGCUUUAUCUAAUUUUGCUGACGAGGUCUUACUAAACAUGGAGCAGGGAAACCUCUGUGGCGCGGUGUUCUUGGACCUGGCUAAGGCUUUUGACACUGUGGACCACUGUAUCUUGCUGUCUAAAUUAUCGGCAAUUGGGGUUUCGCCCAGUUCUAUCAAGUGGUUUGAAUCCUAUCUUAGUAAUCGGAAACAGCGAACCUCCUGUGGCAAUGAAUUAUCUGAUGCCCUCCCAGUAACUGUCGGUGUGCCUCAAGGAAGCAUCCUGGGUCCGCUGCUUUUCGUGGUUUAUAUAAACAACCUACCUGAUGCUGUUAUAAACUCGGAAGUAACGCUGUAUGCUGAUGACACGGUCUUGUACUACUUUUCCAAAGAUCCACGGCUGCUUGAAGAUAAGCUAAAUGAGGAUCUCCUAAGGGUCGCUCACUGGCUUCGUGAAAACAAGCUCACCCUGAACCUUGACAAGACUAAAUCAAUGAUAAUAGGCAGUAACAGGAAGCUCGGGAAUGUCUCCUCGUUAUCAUUAUCUAUUUUUGAUACUGAUAUUAAUACUGUAUCUAGCUUUAAAUACUUGGGAGUAAUGCUGUCUACAAAUUUUACCUGGACUGAUCACAUUGAAUAUAUCUCGUCUAAGAUAAACAAGAACCUGGGUCUCUUACGCAGAAUUAAGCAUUUGUUGCCCCACCAAGCUCGCCUGCUUUUCUACAAUAGUUUAGUCUUACCAAUUUUUGACUAUGUUGACUUGGUCUGGGGGGACAAGGACAAUCUUGUUUUGAUGGGUGAGCUCCAAGUACACAGAACAAGGCUGCGAAGAUAAUAUUAGAUAGACCUUUGUACUCAUCGGCAACUGACGCGCUGUCAGCCCUGAAAUGGCUCGAUUUACGUCGACGCAGGAAUUUCCAUCGCUGCAUUCAUAUCUGGAAGUGUGUUAAUGGUCUUACGGAGCAUUCUCUAGACAUUAUUAAAUGUAGUCAGAUUCACAGUCAUAACACUCGAAAUAAGGACACAAUAAGGCUACCUAAAGUCAAACGCAAUUGGGGGAAACAACGCAUUAACUAUCAAGCAAUCAAAGACUGGAAUGAUUUAGACAGUGAUACAAGGAAUGCUCCAACACUAGUGUCCUUUAAGAGAAAUCUUUUUUCUAAACUUUUAACCCAGAGCCUGCUUAGAACAUCGUGACUUACAGUUUUAGACUUUUGACUUUUAACUAGUUUUAGAUUUUUAUAAUUGCAUGAUUAUUUGUAUAUAUAAUGUUCCCUAUGUGUAGGACCUUUGUGAAAAUCACGUCAUAUGUGACAAAGCUUUCCUCAUUAAAGAUUAUUAUAUAUAUAUAUAUAAUAUAUAAUAAAAUCACUUACAGUAAAUAACCUUACAUUGGCUAGUUACCGUAAACGAAACUCUUAGAUUUUAGGUAAAACACUUACUAGAUUGAAUGAUAAUACGAAGUCGAAAAUAACGGACUAAAUCAAGCUCUACUAUGAAUGUAAACUCAGCAAGUAUUUGACUAGCAAAAAUUACAUACUGUGCAGUAGACAAAUAAAGACCUAUAUAGAAAAAAUACCAGAGGCAGAGCAUAGCUAUUGUCACAGCCAUGGAAGAAACAUACGCUCUGAAUCUUGGCAAAAUAUUCAAAAAUGACAGCAAGGAAAUACAAACAAACAAUAAAAUGGGGGGGGGGGGAAGAAUCAUUACAGCUUCUACAAACCCCCAUGCACACAUAACCACUCAGCUAACUUAAGCAUAAAGACAUUUAUGUAGACGAGUAUCAUGAUUUUGACGAGUAUCGUGAUUUUGAUCCUCAUGCCCUCUUCAGUCGAUAAGAAAAAAAGAUUUAAUUUUGCUUUUGUAAAUAGCUCUAUUAAGAGAGUUACGAAGAGUGAGAGGAAUACUGUUCCAAAUUGUAGGAGCUUGGGAUAGUAAAGAAAAGUGAUAUCGAAUAAAUUGUUUAUGUAAAUCAUACUUUGAACGAGUGCAAUAAUCAUGAAUUUCAAAAUUGAAAUGAAAGAGAGAAGAAAGUGAUGUAGGUAGCAAGUUAUUGAUGUGAGAAAAAAAACAAAGCAAGAAAUCUGAAACUUGAAGAUAGAAUGAAGAGGUAGAGAAUGAAGUUUUAAGAAAAGAGGUUUUGAGUGUGAGUGAGGAGGUGAGAAAGUAAUAAUGCGAAUCACUUUCUUUUGUAGUAGAAAUAGAGGUUCUAAAUGAGUAUUAGAGUAGGCAGAUCCCCAGAUGUUACAAUAACUAAUAUAUGGUAACAAAGAGAAUUAUAGAGAGUUAUUAAAGUAUUAGAUGAUAAAUAUUGUCUAGAUUUACAUAUAAUGCCAAUGGUCUUAGAGAUUUUUGCACAUACAGCAGUAAUAUGUGGCUGCCAGGAAAGAUUUUCAUGGAUUAUUACACCUAGGAAUUUAACCUCGUACCCAGGAUCUUUUUUUGGGAAAGACCUUGGCAGCGGCUGGUCACGUGCCUCGUCCAAAAUUUAGCGCCAGAGGGGGUGUGGGGAAAGUAUCAAAUUACAUCAACAUCACACGCUUCCAGUGGGAUAUUUAAUAUGUUUAACAGUAGGAUAUUUAAUAUGUUUAACAGUGGGAUAUUUAAUAUAUGUUUAAUUAAACAUAAAUUUUGCGAAUCAACGUUCAAACUUCAAAAAUACUUGCUAAGUUUUGUUUAUUUCCUUUGCUUUGAAUUUACAAGAACAUUCUUGCAUUUUUACUAACAGACAAGUCAAGAAACCAAGCAAAUCGUUACUUGCAGUGCUCUCUCGAGCUCGUGUUGUUACUCGCAUUGCUCUAUACUUUGACAUAUACCAUGAUCGUUGAGUUUCAGCAAUGCCAAGGGCCAAUUUUACAGUUUUUGACGGGCUUUAUGUUUUUUGAUAAGGCCUUUAUAUAAAUCAACAAUCUGGAUACCGUUGGCGAUAUUUCGGAAAUGAAAAGAUAUCACUAUUUCGUUGCAAUUCCACAUCUCAUCAAUAAAUAAAUUAUUUUGGUCCGAGUAUAACAAAUUAUUAUGGUCCGAGUAACAACCACAUUGGUCGGAUUCUGAGAUAUAUUUUUCUUGUAGGCUUAUUGCCGGGCCGCCAACGCGUGCUUUUCUUUGGCAAGUCUAUAUAAAGUUGAAAAUUGAAAUCUGGUCCAACUUGCUUGAAUAAUAACUCGACACUAGAUUUAUACAGAGUAGAAAGUCACAUCAUCAUAUAAAUAUUAAUUUAAGAGAUGUCUUCACGAUUUUUUGUGGCAAAUUAAAAUUUCAUCACUGAAAGUUGCAAUUCUUACAACGCGACAAACACGCUCCUCUCCCACCCUACCCAUAGUACAAUAAUAUUUUAAUUUAGCACUCAAAAUGUGCAGGGAGCCACGUGACCAGCCGCUGCCAGGGUUUUUCCCAAAGAACGAUCCUGCAUGAGUACGAGGUUGCUAGGAAUUUAGUACUAUCAACUCUUGAAAUAGGAGUAUUGUCAAUUUUGAUUUGGAAAUUCAGAUAUAAUCUUUUUACGAACUGGAUGAAAAAGGACACAUUUGGUUUUAUCUGGAUGUAGAGUUAACUUAUUACUAGCUCUAAACCAUGAAGAAACGAAAGAAAGUUCUCUAUUAACAAUAUCCAUCAGACUAUUUAGAUCCUUAUGUCAAAAAAAAAUAUUAGUGUCAUCUGCAAAAAGAAUACUGAAGGAGCUAUAGAGGUAUAAUUGUGAUGUAUGAAAUAAGUCAUUGAUAUAUAUUAAGAAAAGUAAGGGUCCAAGAUCAGAGCCUUGGGCAACCCACAAUUAAUCUCAUUGCAAGAAGAUGUAUAAUCAGCUAUUUGAAUUAACAUAUUGCUGUCUAUCAGCCAAGUAGCUAGAAAGCCAGGUUAGUGGUAUUCCACGUAUACCGUAAAAUUUUAGUUAUCAAUUAGUAUUUUGUGAUCUACUGUGCCAAACGCUUUCUUAAGAUCGAUAAAAAUUCCAACUGUGUAUUCAUUAUUUUCAAAGCCAUGAUAAGUACUAUUAACAAGUUCAAGUACUGCCAUAUACGUAUAGAAUGAUCGAUAUUGUCUAAAACCAUACUGAUGAUGACUAAGAAUAUCAAAUUUUAUUAUAAAAUCAUUAAUAAUUCAUGAAGAAAAUUCAAAAGAAAUGUUUGAUCAAUGUUUGUUAAACGCAUAAAGAUUUGUCCUGAUUUACAUAAACUUCAGCUUUGAUUUUCUCGGCUUAGACAAUGUUUAUUUUUAAUGAACUAAUAAGAUGGGUCGUUUUAUAAGCGCGAUAAAACAUUCGCAUCCGAUUUUAUCUGAUAUACAAACUCUCGUCUUCGAGCUGGUCAUUUUUAUAAAUAGGCAGAACUCUAGCUAUUUUAAGUUUAUCCGGAAAAAACCCACUUGAAAGAGAUAAGUCGCAGAUAUAUGAUAAAGAAGCAGCGAGUAUAUCAAUAGAUAUACUACUAGGAGUUGCUAUCGCAAGGAAUGUGCUGCCUUUUUUGCCACAUGAACUGAAUGCAAAACCACUCUAAAGGGGAGUUUACUUUUGACCCAAUAAACUUAUUCUUAAAUUGCGUGCACGGAACAUGAGUAAAUAACCAACAUGAAAAAGUUGCCAUUGGGUCAAAAGUGGAUAAACGGCAUACCCAUAAGCUGACAAUGCACUCCACUUUAGUAUUAACUCUGUCUAACGCCAGACAAAUUUACACUCCGUAACGCCAGACGAUUUUACUUGUCAGUUGUAGAGUACUGUCAGUAUCUGCUAAUGUCUCUUAUUAACCCCCAAUGGCUGGCAAUGCGCCAUACUUUAGUAUUUACUGCCUAUCCAUUACCUGUAGGAAACAAUUUUGUAUUGGGGGAGCUGAUCAGUCAGGGGCGAUUAUUAGGUAAUUAUAUCUCUCUCAAACUUCACAGAUUAUCGCUAGUUUACAAGUUAUUUAUUUGGGGGAGGGGGGGGGGCGGGGCUGAAGACCCCAGACCCCCGGUUGCUACGGCUCUGCUAUCAACGCCAGUCGCCAGACAAUUUUACUCGUCAGUGCCAGUAAACGGCUUAAUUUCUCGUCACCCCAAUUUAAAUUUUUACGAUUUUUGUUGUUUCUAAUUGUAGAUAUCUCAGCAAGUAUUCGCCCCGCCUUUAAAACGAAAAGUACCAUUGUAAUUCUGACAAAUUAGCCUUUUCAACGUACGGGGGGUCAGAUGCCUUCAAAACAUUACACAAACCAAAACAAUCAUGUAUUUACGAAUUUGCUCAGAGUCAAUCAGGGACGUUGUGAGCCCCUAAAUUAAAAACAUUGCAAAAGAUAAAAAAUAUAGAUUUUAAUUCUGAAAAUCAAGAUUUUUUAAGAUAUUACAAUUUAUAUUUAAAAAAUCUAAAUUUACGAAAACAUUACUGAAAUGUUUCAUGUUUGAUCAGUGAUACCCCCGCCCCAAUCUUGAUCCAUCCCGUCACUGGGCCUGGGCCGCAUCAGACGUCGCUCAUUCGUCGUCCUUUUCAAGACCCCAGCACGUCGCUGGAGUCAAUAUGAGUAAAAUACUCCUUGUAUUAAAGCGCUUUCGUGUAGGAAGUUUCGUUUGAAUAAAGCGAGUAAAAAUAUUUAUUUUGAAUUUUUCAAAAUAUAGGGUUUUUACUCGCACGCACGCGCGCGCCACGUGUAUGCUUGGCCAUAUAUAGCCUGAUGCACGUGCAAACCAUGCCACUGGGAGCACUUUGACCUGUAGAAUCGAUUUCCGGUUUUUCCAAACCCCUAGGAUGUAAACAGCUGUUUUGAUGUACGUUUCUAUGGCGUCAGAUUUCCGCCAAUAUUCAUGUUGAUAUUAAUUCAACAUGUUUCCGUAUUGAAGUGAAUUUCGACAUUGAACAUAUCAAAUUCAACAUGCCACUUUAAUUCAACAUUGCUUCAAUUUCAACAUGUUCAGGGGCGGAUCCAGCCCCAAAACUGACCGUGGCUCCUAAAUUAAACCACGCAUAACUAGGGGGGUCCGGGGGCAUGCCCAAUUAGUUAUCUAGAUGAUUUUGAAAAUAUUAUUGGAAAGCUGGACUCAGAAAAUCAAGAGAUGUGUAUAUUAGGUGACAUUAACAUAGAUCUUAUGCAUGAACCGAUCUCGGCCAAUGCUGUAAAACUGAAUUCCAUACUAGAUAUUUAUGGUAUGGAUCAGCUAAUAAACGAACCUACAAGAAUUACUAAUUGUUCUCAAACCUUGGUUGAUCUAUGUUUCACAAAUGUACCAUCAAAAAUAAUAAAAUUCGGCGUUAACCACAUAUCUAUUAGCGAUCAUUCACUUGUGUUUAUGACUUAUAAAACUAAUAUAGAACGUACCGGGACGCGCACAAUAAAAACUCGUUGUUUAAAGAAUUUCAAUAGAGAUAAUUUUCUUAGAGACUUGGAACAAAAGCGGUGGUGUGAUGUUAACACAAAUACUGAUCCUAAUGAUAUGUGGGACACGUGGAAAAGUUUAUUAAUGGAGUGCAUUGACAAGCACGCACCAUCUCGCUCCAAAAGAGCAGGCAAAAAAAAAUCGCCGUGGAUAACAAGCCAAUUGUUACGACAUAUGCAUAAACGAGAUUAUCUGAAGCGGAAAGCAACAUUGGCCGAUGAUCAAACUUUAUGGGAAGAAUAUAGGGUUGCUCGAAAUCGUACCAAUAACGAAAUUAGAAAAGCAAAGCAAGAGUAUUUUAUAACGCAUUUGGAAACUGCUAAAACAAAUCCAAGAAAAACAUGGAAGUUAAUUAACGAACUAAGCUCGCGUAAUUGUAAUAAGUCAAGUAACAUUAACGAGAUUAAAGUAGACGGAAAAACAAUAAAUACACCUGCAACUAUAGCUGAAGCUUUUAACAAUCACUUCUCAAAUGUUGGUGAGAAUCUAGCCUCAGAGAUACCCAUUUCUAACGUCAACCCUGAAGACUAUUUAGAAUCAACUGAGCAGAGAUUUUCCAUUAGACCUCCUACGGUUGAUAUGGUUUAUAUUCUGUUGAGUAAAAUUAACGAACGAAAAGCUCCAGGUCUCGACAACAUUCCUAAUAAGCUGUUAAAAAUAGCAGCUGCAAUAAUCUCACCAUCAUUAACUGAUAUAUUUGCCAGAUCAAUUAACACUG